AUGGGCCCUCAGGAUGAUGCUAUGGUGGGGAGGCACGCGGAGGAUUAUUAUCCGGAGAGGGAACAUGUGCCGUUGAGUCAGAUGCUGCGAGAGCAGAGUCGGGGUAUCCUGCAUCAUCGUGCGAGCCCAAGGAAGAUGAGAAUAUCGAUAAAAGGCAGUAUUUUUUUCCAGAAGAAGAAGAAAAAGAAGUUUGGGUUCAUUCACGUGCCGGUUUAUAACAGGAAUACCAAGAAGAGGACUCUUUUUAAAAUUCUAAUCCUACUCACCUUCGGCUAUGGACGAACCACCCUAUUAAACUUCAAUUUAAGCCGCGAUUGGCGCCACGAGCUCGAGAUGUUUGCGUUCAUGAGCAUGAGCUACACGAGCUUGAAGGACCUCCUGCCAGCGUCGUCGGCGAGGGCGGCGCCGCCAAGCCGGAAAGAGAUCGCGAUGAGGGACCCACUGCUGCAGCACGCGGCCUGGGCGUACCUGCAGCCGGGGGCGCGCGGGGAAGACGCUCGGCGGUGGUGGAGGAAGUUGGCGGGGAGCUGCGGCGGGGUUUUUGGGUGCCUAAACGGCGUCGUUUUGGUGGUGUGCAAAGGUCUGUUUGGAGAGCCAGCUGAUAAUAUAAGAUAA